GCCAGUCGCUCUGCAUAACAACAUGGCAAUAAGCAGGAAGGACAGCUUCCUCUGGGGCCGAGCUCCUCCUAAACUCCCACUGGCUGAGAGGAGGCAGAGCGACAGGAGCUACAAUCUUAACGACAUUCAGCUAAAACUGGAGAUGGCCAACGAUGCACCUGACUCCAGCAACCCUGACCGGAAGCAGCGCAGCAAAAGUGAUGUGAGGAACAGGAAGUUUCUGAGGGGGAAAAAGAAAUUCAACAUGGAUCCAGAAGUGGGUAUCUGUUACCUGAUUGAACAUGGCUUCCUUGAAUGGCGGGCAGAGUCGGUGGCAGAGUUCCUCUACAAGGAGGAGGGGCUGAAUAAGACCGCCAUCGGCAACUUCCUGGGAGAAAGGGAGGAAAUGCAUCUAGAGAUUCUGAAGGAGUUUGUGGGCCUGCAUGAGUUCUCCGACUUGAAUCUAGUCCAGGCACUGAGGCAGUUUCUGUGGAGCUUUCGCCUCCCAGGUGAAGCCCAGAAGAUUGACAGGAUGAUGGAGGCUUUUGCAACUCGCUACUGCGACUGCAACCCAGGGGUCUUCCAAUCCACAGACACCUGCUACAUCCUGUCUUUUUCCAUCAUCAUGCUCAACACGAGUCUGCACAACCCCAACGUGAAAGACAAGCCCAGCCUGCAGCGGUUCGUGGCCAUGAACAGAGGCAUCAACAACGACAAAGAGCUGCCCUUCGAACUGCUCUCGAAACUGUAUGCAAGCAUCCGCAGCGAGCCCUUCAAGAUCCCAGAGGACGAUGGGAACGACCUCACGCUGACGUUCUUCAACCCGGACCGAGAGGGCUGGCUCCUCAAAAUGGGUGGACGUAUAAAAACGUGGAAGAGACGUUGGUUCAUUUUGACAGACAGCUGUCUGUACUACUUCCAGUACACCACGGAUAAAGACCCGAUCGGGAUCAUCCCUCUGGAGAAUCUUUGCGUCAGGAAGCUGCAGGAUUCCAGCAAACCGUAUUGUCUGGAGUUAUAUAACGCCAAAGGACAGAAGAUCAAGGCCUGCAAGACGGAGAACAAAGGCAGAGUGGUGCAGGGUAAACACCAGUCUUAUAAGCUGAAUGCAGCCAGCGAAGAGGAAAGGGACGACUGGAUAGAUGCCAUCAGGGCGAGCAUCACCAAGGAUCCGUUUUACGACCUGGUUAUGAUGCGGAAGAGGAAGCUUAUCAGCAACACUUCCUCGUAGGAGUGAAACUGCAGACAGCGGAGGGUCGUGCACGAUAAAGCAACACAAUCGUCAACAAGUUCACCAUGCAGCGUUUAAGGAAAUGGAUGACUUUGCAAGUCGCACUUGAGUUGGCAAACAAAGGAAAAGUGAACUGAAUUUGACUCGCAGUGCAAACGGGUUUAUUUCAUUUCUACGAAAAUGCAAGUAUGGCAGCUUCAUCUUCAAAAACUGACAAUACUUGGAAGUAGGGCGGAAGUAGAGUUACAGGCUUGACAGCAUUAGCAGUGUUUCGUUAAACUGGGCUCAUUAAAGAUGAACGGUGAAGCAACUGACACAAAGCAACAACAAA